GCCCCGGGUUCGCCUAUAGCCGAGCGCCGGGGUUGUGAUCCGGCCUUGCCGCUGCCGAGACACGCGCUUCGGGCCGCCGCCGCGAUGGACCUACGGAUCCUGGAGCCUCGCGUGCGGGUGCUGAGCCUGGCUCGCGGCGGCCUCUGGCUCUACACGCACCCGCUGCUCAAGAUGCUGCUGCUGCCCCAGCGAAGCAGGUGCAAAUUCUUCAGCUUGACAGAGACUCCUGAAGACUAUACGAUCAUGCUGGAUGAAGAAGGCUUUAAAGAGCUGCCCCCGUCUGAGUUCCUGCAAGUCGUAGAUUCCACCUGGCUGGUGCUCAAUGUCUCAUCCAAUGGCAGCGCUUCCGCUAACCUCCAGCCUAUUGGGGUCACCAAGAUCGCCAAGUCCGUCAUUGCACCACUGGCAGAGCACAACGUCUCGGUGCUCAUGCUCUCCACCUAUCAGACAGACUUCAUCCUGGUGCGGGAGAAGGACCUCCCUGUCGUGAUCCACACCCUGCAAGGCGAAUUCGAUAUUUACAAGGAGGUGAACGGGGAGCCGGUCCCCGCGAGCUGUGAUGACGUGACCAACGGGUUCCUCAAGCCAAAGCAAGAUGUGAACCCCACUGUCCAUCCUGUGCAGAGCCCCCAAAAUAGGUUCUGUAUCCUGAGCAUCUCUCCAGACUCCUUGCCCGCUAUCGCCACAAUCCUCAUUGAUGUCCUGUUCUACUCACACAGCCCCACAAAAGAAGCUGCUUCAGCCAGCCAGGACCUCGACUCCAUUACUUUCUUUGCCUUUUCGCUGAUUGAGGGCUACAUCUCCAUCGUCAUGGAUGCUGAGACCAAGAAGAAGUUCCCCAGCGACCUCCUGCUGACCAGCUCCUCAGGGGAGCUCUGGAGGAUGGUGAGGAUCGGUGGGCAGCCCCUGGGCUUCGAUGAAUGUGGAAUUGUGGCUCAGAUUGCCAAACCUCUCGCCGAUGCAGACAUCUCUGCGUAUUACAUUAGCACCUUCAACUUUGACCAUGCCCUGGUUCCAGAGGACGGCAUUGAUAACGUGACCCAAGUGCUUCAGACACGGCAGGAGAGUGGGAGAUAGCCCCUUGGCUCAGUAUGUACGCCGAUUUCUGCUGCGCCUGUCACCUGGUGUUCCCGGGAGCAAGGCGGAAGCCACUUGCCCUGAGUGUGAGCCGAGCUGUCCUUUUUUUCACAGUGUUUUCUUGGGAACGUGGAGCGACUGGUGCGUCUCCCUCUAGCUGGAGGAGAGCUGUUGUUCCUUCUCUCCCAAGAGGGGAGCCCCAACCUGUGCCUUAUCUAGACAACUCCCCAGAACCUGGUCAAUCAGUUCCGAUUGUCUGCGUCAGACUUUAGUAUUCUCCAAACCUCACUCUAGCCUUCUGGCCCUAUCGUUUAGUCCUCGGCCUAGCUGUAUCUAGAGCCAAGGAGGGGGAUUCCUGCUCCUGAUGGGCUUCUGGAGAACCAAUUUCUCUCUCUGUUUUUGCACAUUACCUGAGAUUCUCCAAUAGGAAGACAAGCCUGGAACUUUUUGUUGUUGUUUUCGUUGUGGUUGCUAAUUUGUUGGAAUUGCACAGUUUACUUAUUAUUGUGAUUUUUAUUUUUAUUUUUUUUGAUCCACAGUGCUAAGAUUGGGAAAUACUGGGGCCAUUCCUUGUUGAGGUGGUUGGCAAAAAGCACACAUUCACACCACAAGUUUUAAAGCUCUAGGAUACCACUUUUAAACAGUCCUGGCUUCCUCCAAAGGAUUAUGGGCGUCGUAGUUCGUUGAGGGUGCUUAAAAUUAUGAAGACCCUCUAUUUCCCCUCCCAGAGCUGCAUUUCCCAGAGAUCGUUGGGGAGACGUAUUGACUGUUAUCACACUGCGAAUUGUAGCUCUGGAAGGAGAAUGGGGCGGGUGCAGGGUGUGUGUCUCCUCCAAUGACUCUUAACAACCUACAGCUCCCAUGAUUAUUUGAGAGACGCCAGGACUGUUUAAAGGGGCACCAUAGGGCUUUAACUGUGAAUGGUGGGACUGUGGCCUAAGUGAUCAUCGUUGUUGUUUUUUAACUCUAACCUUAGCCAAGUUCCCAUUUGUAGGCCGCUUGCCCAGUGGCUGUUUUAAGAACCACCGAUGCCUGUCCUGCUCCUUCUUUGCUUUCUGCUGGGACAGUGCCCCCCCUGUUUUAACAGUAUUAAGGUGACACUCAUUCCUCCAGGUGUUCCCUCCAGAUGUUGCCAAGUUGGCUGGAGCUGGCAUCUGUCAGUAUCUGCACGACCCCCCCCCCCCCAAUUCCUUAAUGGACAGGAUACUUCAUCAGAUCUUUGAGCUAGAGGAGGGUGAGGAGAAGGACUUGAGAAAGAACCCCCCCCCC